AUGAUCAAUCUCAGGCGGAUCAGUAAACUACGAACUCCAUUUAUCAGACUUAAGUCAACUAGCAUUCCAGAUAAUGCACCAACUUUAUUGGAAAAUGAAGAAUGGUUGGGUACUUUAGAUGACAAUGCAGAAUUAAGCCAUGAUGCUAAUGUAGAGACUAAGAAUUCGAUAUUCGACAAGCAUGUUACGAAGAAUGAACGUUUCCCAAUAAAGAUUAUUUCCACUCCACCUGAAACUAAAUACAUAAAGGUUCAAUCCCCAAUUGCAAAUUUCACAUCAAUAAAUUACCUACGACAAUAUAGUAAGCAUAAUCAUACACAGGGAAACUUUGUAGAUGUAAGGAUUAUUCAAUGUAGGAGUGGUAAUGGUGGUACUGGAUGUGUGUCGUUCCUGAGAGAUGCAAACAGAAGGGUAGGGCCUCCAGAUGGUGGUGAUGGUGGUGGCGGUGGUUCUGUAUACGUACAGGCAGUCGAAGGUAUGAAUUCCCUAUCAAAAUUGAAGACAAAAUAUAUUGCUGGUGAUGGACAAGCAGGUGCUUCGACCCAAUUGGAUGGUAGUCGUGGUAAAAACAUUUUGAUCACUGUUCCGAAGGGGACUGUUGUUCGUUGGUGUAUGGAUCCUAAGUCUGUGAGGACGUUAGUCGACUCAGAAAUGAAGAGCAACAUCAACAAGCCAUUAAAAGAUAUACUACAAGAUAAUAAAAUCGAUAUUGAUUGUUAUGGACGGUCGAAAGAAGAUCAAAGACCAAAAUAUAUACAGUUAUUUAGGGAGCAGUACGAAACUGGGGAAGGCUGGUUAUUUAAGGAUAAGACAAAAGAUUACCAUGAAAUAAAGGAUUGGUUUAAGAAAUUAAAUCGUAAUGUUGCACGAUACGAUAGAAGUUUGGAUGUUGAGGAAGUUUCAAACGACAAGAUUCCAUUAUACGGUAUUGAUCUAGAUGAGGUCACUGAUAAGCCAGUGUGUUUACUAGAAGGUGGUAAAGGUGGGUUAGGGAAUAUGCAUUUCUUAACUAGUGUCAUUCGUAACCCACGGUUUGCCAAAAUUGGUCGUAAAAGUCUUGAAAGUUAUUUCAUGUUUGAAUUGAAAUCUAUUGCUGACUUGGGAUUAGUCGGGUUCCCCAACGCAGGUAAAUCUACCAUUCUUAACAAGAUAUCCAAUGCUACCCCAAGAAUAGGAAGUUGGGAGUUUACUACGUUACGUCCUACCAUAGGGACGAUCAUGCGAGGACCAGGAGAAAAGACAUUCACAGUGGCAGAUAUUCCAGGUAUUAUCGAAGGUGCCCAUUUGGAUAGAGGUAUGGGUCUAGAAUUUCUGAAACAUAUCGAGAGGUCUAAAGGCUGGGUCUUUGUCAUCGGUUUAAACGACCCAGAUCCUUUGGGGACUUUAAAGAUAUUAAUCAAUGAAGUCGGUGGAUUAGAAAAAGUACGGACCAAGAAUAUACUUGUUGUCUGUAAUAAAGCAGACAUUGAUGCGAAUAAUCCUGCAUCAAUGGAAAAAUAUUUAAAAAUUCAAAAAUUUGCAGAGUUACAAGCUUGGGAUAGCAUCCCUAUCAGUGCACUAAACGAAGAAAACAUUGACGUUCUUGUAGAUAAGAUGGCCAGGUGCGCAAAGAACAAUACGUAG